UAGUCAUCACUGGGGAUACAGUAUCCAACAUUCCCUCACUUUAAACUUCCCUUCAUUCUUACCCAGAGGAAAAAGCAACCCCUAGGAGUUAGAUAGCUCAAGGAUUACAGUAGGCUCGAAUAAGGAGUGAUGCCCUGAGAUUACUCAUGAGUCAAGCUAUCUAAAAAAAGCCCAGCACUGAGAAAGUGUCUAUCCGAGAGUAAGUAGAGACUCGACUAUAACCGGCUUUGAGCACAAUGACUGCGCUGUAUCCGACAUUCCUGCUUUUCACAGUAAGUAUGGCAUCCCUGCAGCCACAGAGGUCUAUACGGAGUAAAAGGGGUUUGCUUGAACUUGCUGGAGUUAUUAAGUGCAGCACUGGAAGAUCAGCUUUAGCAUAUUUGAUGUACGGAUGUUACUGUGGCCUUGGGGGUCAAGGGUGGCCCAGGGACAGAGCAGACUGGUGCUGUCACAAGCAUGACUGCUGUUAUGGGGAUGCAGAAUUUAAAGGCUGUCAAACAAAGACAGAGCAGUACCAGUGGACAUGUGAUGAUGAGGAGGCUGACUGUGACUCCCUUAAUGACAGAUGUGCGAAAAUCCUCUGCCGAUGUGACAGGGAAGCAGCCAGAUGCCUAAGAAAAGCCCCAUUCAACAGAAAAUACGCUCUGUGGCCAGAUUUCCUCUGUGGAUGUGUACAUCCAACCUGCAAUAUUUACUAAUUUCAGUAUGGUAUAUUUGAAAAAUCUCAGAACUUGUAUGUCUGAUGAAAAUUACAGUAUAUGUUGAUUAUUGAUCUUUAUAUUGUUACAAUGAUUUCCAUUUCCUAAUUAUAUGUAUUUUGUAUUUGCAUAGUUGACCUGUUGCUAAAAUAUGUACAAAUUAAUCAAUAUUUGUUCAUAUUAUAGGCCUCAUCCUUUUGAUAUGGCUUAAUUUCAGUUGUUGUAUUAAGCACAAGCUUCCAGAGUGUUUUCUGAAUGCCACUUCAUCACUUUGGUCAUUUGGGGAGACCAGGGCUAGUUGUCACACUUUUUUACCCCAGUGGAUACUUUUCAAGUUAGGUCAAGUCCAUUUCUAUAUGCACAUACCUUAAAGUCAAGACUACAUAAAAAGCUAUUGAACAUUUCCAUUGUUAUUGCCUAGGAAGAAAGAUUUAACACGUUGACACUUUGUAACUAUAUGGGGUAAGUUACUGUAUACUGUACAUACUGUAUUGUAAAAUGCAGUGUAUCUGUAACAGUUGACGCACUGUUUGACGUCUCAUCGAUCAGCUGCUAAAUUCCUUCUAAUUACCUUCCUGAGCAUUGUUAAAACAUCAAAGAAAAUCACAGUGAGUUGUAAAUACAAAGACAAUUAAGAGAAAGCAGAGAGGCAAUUAAGGGACAUCCAAUGGUUAUCCAAUGGGAGUAGAUGCAUAGUAACAUAUCUGUGUCAUGUCUGAGCAAGAGAUCUAAAACUGUCCUUUAGGAUGCUCUGACAUUAUUGAUUUCAUUAUCUGUUCAUAAGCUGAAUUUGAGACCAAACAUAGAAAUUACAAUCAUGUAUACUAGCAAAAUUAGGUUCUGUGACCAAAUGGUUAUGUGUAUUAGAUAUGUGAGCACAUCUGUUUCACAGACAGACCCAUCCUGUGCCUGCAUGUGAAGGUGUUGGUGAAUUGUCCUAACAGUCCUCAAUAAGCAAGAGUCUCUUGCAUCAGGUAGGCAUCAACAUAUGGCAAUGAGAAGCAUGUAUACUUAAAACAGCUUGUAAAGUUGCUAUAAUACAUUGCCUCCAUUGUGUUUAGCCCUACAAGUGCUUGCGAUGGGGGCUAGUUGUCACACGGGGAAGUUGUGACAAGGGCUAUAUCUCAGUAACGAUAAGCUUUGGAGUCAAAAGUCCAAUUGCACAAAUGUGCAUUUUCUCUAGCAGAGGUUUGUAUGUUGGUUACAAACACCUAGAUCAAAACCCUCUAAAUUAGAUUACAUUUAGUGAAUUCUAUCCUACAAAGUGCAUUUUCACCAUCAUCAUAUUUUUAUUAGAGCUCUUGAGUAAACAAGCAAACAUAAACAAAACACACUUACAUUAAGGCAAGUUAUUCCACUAUUAUUAUGCAGGCAGAUUUGAACUAAAAUGUUCAAAUGUGCUCUUAUGUCAGAGAUAUUUUUCAUGAAAGUAAGUAACUAUAUGGAGUAAGUUACAGUCAAGGUUGGGAGGGUUACUUUUGAAAUGUAUUCCACUACAGAUUACAGAAUACAUGCUGUAAAAUGUAAUUUGUAAUGUAUUCCAUUAGAUUACUCAAGGUCAGUAACGUAUUCUAAAUACUUUGGAUUACCUCUUCAGCACUGGUAGAUUUUUUCACUUGUUUUGACUAUAAAAACUCUGCCAGUACAGUAAGACAAAAUACACACGUUAAAAAUACAUUCUCUGAAAAACCUAAAUAUCUUAUGCAGUGUUGUUUCUAAAACAAGAUAAAUCAAAAUGGUUUGAUAGUUUUGUACCUUACCUUUUCCAUUUAUUUUUUAUUUUUUAUGUUCCAUGAAUCGUUAUGUGCUUCAUAAUUGUUUUACUUUAAAAUUGUGCUGUUCACGGUAAUACCAGGCGUAGAUUUAAAGACCCCCCCCCCCCCCCCCUCCAAUAUUCCAUUGGGGCAAGUUGUCACAAA